GGUAAUAUUUGAUUUUAUUAGAUUGAAUAAUAACUUUACAAUGUCUAUAAUUCUUAUAUCCAAUAUCUAAUUCUUGAGAAUUUGCGUUAUCAACACAUAAUGACAAAUCCCCUUAACUAAAUAAAAAUCGAGGAAGGUUUAGAGUAUAAUAUAAAUACCAAUCCUAGUGAAUAACCUAUUGAAUCUAAAUCAACCAUAGAGUCUGUUAAAUAAUUUGCUGGCAAUUUAAAACCUUAGAUGCCUAUUAAGAAAACAAGACGUAAGAAUGCAAGAAAAACAUACAAUAAUGGUAUUUAGAUAAUAUUAUAUAAGGUCAUUGGACUCAAAAGGAACAUCGUUUAUAUUUGUAAUUUAUAGAAACAAAUAAGGAAAUAAUGAUGAAAUCAGACAUGAAAAAACAAGAGAAGAUCUUUAAAUAGAUGUCUCUUGUUAUUAAAACAAGAUCUCCAUCAUAAUGUAGAUCACAUCAUCAAAAAUUUAAUCCUUUCUGA